CCGGUCGGAUUCUGGCCCCACCCAGCUGUCAAGGAACAGCUGGCGACAAUCGGAGGGAGAAGCAGGCGGUAAUUGAAAUGUGGUACCAGCUGUGUGGGGGUUCCCUAGGCCUGGGUUCUGAGGAAAACGCAAUGGUGACCAUGGACUUGGGCUCCCCCCCGCUCCCUAAGAAGAGCCUGCCUAUCUCUGGGGCCCUGGAACAGGUGGCCAGUCGGCUGAGCAGCAAAGUGGCUGCAGAGGUUCCUCAUGGCAGCAAACAGGAGCUGCCGGACCUCAAGGCCCAGAGCCUGACCACCUGCGAGGUCUGCGGUGCCUGCUUUGAGACCCGCAAGGGCCUGUCCAGCCACGCGCGCUCCCACCUGCGGCAGCUGGGAGUAGCGGAGUCGGAGAGCAGCGGUGCGCCCAUCGACCUCCUCUAUGAGCUUGUGAAGCAGAAGGGCCUGCCCGACGCUCACCUUGGGCUGCCCCCAGGUCUGGCUAAGAAGUCCAGCUCACUGAAGGAGGUGGUCUCCGGGGGCCCCCGGCCCAGCCUGCUCACCCUGGCCAAGCCCUUGGAUGCACCGGCUGUCAACAAAGCCAUCAAGUCACCUCCUGGCUUCUCAGCCAAGGGCCUGGGCCACCCACCCAGUUCUCCGCUCCUCAAGAAGGCAUCGCUGGCCCUGGCGGGCUCUCCUACCCCCAAGAAUCCUGAGGACAAGAGCCCCCAGCUAUCCCUGAGCCCCCGGCCAGCCUCCCCAAAGGCACAGUGGCCUCAGUCUGAGGAUGAGGGACCCUUGAACCUCACUUUAGAUAGUGACGGGGGCAGAGAGCUGGACUGCCAGCUGUGCGGUGCCUGGUUUGAGACCCGCAAGGGCCUGUCCAGCCACGCCCGUGCCCACCUGCGCCACCUGGGCGUCAGCGACCCGGACGCCAAGGGAUCCCCCAUAGACGUGCUCCACGGGCUCAUCAGGAGGGACGGCGUCCAGAUCCGCCUCCCACCCGGGCGCGGCGCCCUGGCCCAGCUGGGGCGGCCUCCUCCCGCCUCUGCGGCCCUCUCCUUGCUCCCCCCCCCACCGCCGGCCAAGAAGGCCAAGCUGAAGGCCGCGGGUUUGGCCAGCCCCUGGGGGAAGCAGGACCUCUCGGCCGCCGCAGCCGCCGGCAUUUUCUGGGCCUCUGAUGUGGAGCCGUCUCCUCUCAACCUCUCCUCGGGCCCAGAGCCAGCACGAGACAUCCGCUGUGAGUUCUGCGGCGAGUUCUUCGAGAACCGAAAGGGCCUCUCAAGCCACGCACGCUCCCACCUGCGGCAGAUGGGCGUGACCGAGUGGUAUGUCAAUGGCUCACCCAUCGACACGCUGCGGGAAAUCCUGAAGAGACGGACCCAGUCUCGGCCUGGUGGACCCCCUAACCCGCCAGGGCCCAGCCCAAAAGCCCUGGCCAAGGUGAUGGGCAGCGGAGGUCCUGGCAGCUCACUAGAAGCCCGCAGCCCCUCGGACCUUCACAUCUCACCCCUGGCCAAGAAGCUACCACCGCCACCAGGCAGUCCCCUGGGCCACUCACCAACUGCCUCUCCUCCCACGGCCCGGAAGAUGUUUCCAGGUCUGGCCACACCCUCCCUGCCCAAGAAGCUGAAGCCUGAACAAAUGAGGGUGGAGAUCAAGCGGGAGAUGCUGCCAGGGGCCCUUCAUGGGGAGCCACACCCAUCUGAGGGUCCCUGGGGUGCACCGCGGGAAGACAUGACACCCCUGAACCUGUCGUCCCGGGCAGAGCCAGUGCGCGACAUCCGCUGCGAAUUCUGCGGUGAGUUCUUCGAGAACCGCAAGGGCCUGUCCAGCCACGCCCGCUCCCACCUGCGGCAGAUGGGCGUGACUGAGUGGUCCGUCAACGGCUCACCCAUCGACACGCUGCGGGAGAUCCUCAAGAAGAAGUCCAAGCCGUGUCUCAUCAAGAAGGAGCCGCCAGCUGGAGACCUUGCCCCUGCCCUGGCUGAGGAUGGGCCCCCCACAGUGGGUCCUGGGCCCCUGCAGUCCCCAUUGCCACUGUCACCCCUGGUUAGCCGGCCAGGCAAGCCAGGUGCAGGCCCAGCCCAGGUUCCCCGUGAGCUCAGCCUGACGCCUAUCACUGGGGCCAAACCCUCAGCCACUGGCUACCUGGGUUCAGUGGCAGCCAAACGACCCCUGCAGGAGGACCGCCUCCUCCCAGCAGAGGUCAAGGCCAAGACCUACAUCCAGACUGAACUGCCCUUCAAGGCAAAGACCCUCCACGAGAAGACCUCCCACUCCUCCACUGAGGCCUGCUGUGAGCUGUGUGGCCUCUACUUUGAAAACCGUAAGGCUCUGGCCAGCCAUGCACGGGCACACCUGCGGCAGUUCGGCGUGACCGAGUGGUGCGUCAACGGCUCGCCCAUCGAGACGUUGAGCGAGUGGAUCAAACACCGGCCCCAGAAGGUGGGCGCCUACCGCAGCUACAUCCAGGGUGGCCGCCCCUUCACCAAGAAGUUCCGCAGUGCCGGCCAUGGUCGUGAUGGUGACAAGCGGCCACCCCUGGGGCUGGCACCUGGGGGCCUGGCCAUGGUUGGCCGCGGUGCUGGUGGGGAGCCAGGCCCUGAGGCCGGCCGGGCAGCUGAUGGUGGUGAGCGGCCUCUGGCAGCCAGCCCACCAGGCACUGUGAAGGCCGAGGAGUACCAGCGGCAGAACAUCAACAAAUUUGAGCGCCGACAAGCCCGCCCUCCAGAUGCUUCUGCGGCCCGGGGGGGUGAGGAGGCCAAUGACCUGCAACAAAAACUGGAGGAGGUGCGGCAACCACCACCCCGCGUCCGGCCGGUCCCCUCGCUGGUGCCCCGGCCCCCUCAGACAUCACUCGUCAAGUUUGUUGGCAACAUCUACACCCUCAAGUGCAGAUUCUGUGAGGUGGAAUUCCAGGGCCCUCUCUCCAUCCAGGAAGAGUGGGUGCGGCACUUACAGCGGCACAUCCUGGAGAUGAAUUUCUCCAAAGCAGACCCUCCACCUGAGGAGUCCCCGGCCCCGCAGGCACAGACAGCGGUGGCAGAGGCUCCCUAACACAAAAACAUUCCAGAUCCCCUCUUGUCCCACCUCUGUCUCCUCUUCUUCCUCUUCCGUGUCCUCUUCCCUCUUUUCCCUCUGUCUUUUCCGUUUCCAAAGGAGCAAGCCAAAACCUCAAACCGGCACCCCUUGGGGGCCGGGCACACUACAGCCGGGGUGCCGGGAGCCAGCUAGCUGCCCUUCCCCCAGCCUGAGGACUCUGGGGCCACAGGGUGUCUUCCUUCAGCCCAUGCCCACCUGGUCCAGCAGGGGCAGCAGCCAGGUCUCUGGUGGCAGCCGAUCCGGUCACAGGGGAGGAUGGCACUCCCCGAUAGCACUCUAGCAGCCAGGCAGGGCUAUGUCUGCCAUCCGUGGCCAUUUGCAAAGACCCCAAAGACCCCUGUUCUGGUUCCCUCUCACCCCCAUGAAUAUCCUCUCAAACGCAUGUACAUGCGAACACACACACACGCACCUCGUGAGACUUGGGAUCUGCCCCAGCCCCCCAGUUCCCGAGUUGAGCGACCAUGACCACAUCAUGCCACGGUGCUUGCUCAGGGGAAGCUACGCUCCCUCUGUGGGGCCCGAUGGGGCCCGGGAGCCCCCCACUGAGCCCACAAUGCCACGGAAAUCCUUGUUGGCUGCCCCACCAGAGGGGCCUUCCCAGCUGGGAAGAGCUCAGAGCUGACAGCUGCCUCCUGCCAUGUCAAGGCCUCUCAAGAGCCUCAGGGGCUCCAGGGCCUGGGAGGGUGGGGUGGGGGGUGGGACUCUCCUCCCCCACUCCUGCCCCCCUUCCCCUUUUCACUGUUGCUUUCUAUGUAUAGCUCCCUAGACCUUUCACUUUUUUAAAAACGCGUUUUGUGUAGAGAAUAAGGAACGUGGAUCUUUUUAUUUUGCAAUCCUGGGCCAGCUAGAAACCGGGAGCUGAUUGACCUUUUAACUUUUUUCAGUGGCCACAUUUUGGUUAUUGAUGUACCUAGAAGUAUGUAAAUUAGAUUAAAUUUCUCUUCUGGAAACACCCCGGG